AAUAUACCAUCCACACAAAAAUCGCAGAUCACUAACACCCGAGCCGAGCCGCGCAGCAGGAUGUCCUUCUUCGGAUUCGGUAAGAGCAAGGAGCCGGAGUCCACCUCCUCCUCUUCGGAGUCGUACACAUAUGAAGAGCCCACGUACGACUACAGUGCGCCAGCGGUGUCGUCGUCCUUCGACUCGCCGUCCUCGUCGCCCUCGUCAUCCUUGGGUGGCGGUUCAUCCACAGGCGCCGCGGAAAUGCAGCAGCUGAUUAUAGAAGAGCAGCAGCGCGCACUGAUCCAGCAGGCUAUCUCGAAGAUCACGGCCUUAGCCUGGGACAAGUGCAGUGCCAGCAAGCCCGACUCGGAGCUCUCGUCCAAGGAGAAGGACUGCAUUAAGAACGUGACGCUCGCCUAUCUGGACACGAGCAUGUUCGUGGUGCACCGCCUCAAUAAAUCCGGCAGCGCUUGAUGGGAGCCAUGACGAUAGAGGCUCCGCAAUAGCAGCAGCGCCCCUACGAGAACCCGGUAUAGGCGAAAAGCAGCAGUAAAACGACAGCCAGACCAGUCAGGACGUUAACGUCGAGAUAAAUACGCAAGCGAGCAGUCCGCGGCCGUGCAGUCUAAACUCGAGUCUAUUAUUCUACGGUGCUAUCCUGUCUGUUUAGCUUUCCAUUGUAUUCUUGCGUCUCUCUACCUAGGCUUCUCCUCCUUGUCAGCAGAAGAGCGACCACAACUUCUGUACACGAACAGCGGGACGUUGCCGUAGGGUCCGGUGUCGUAGCGCUCGUCGGGAGUGAGGCCGCGGAUUCCCCACGUAUUGCAGAUGAUGCGCACAUCCUUGUCGGUCUGACUCAGCAAUUUGGUGAACUUGGGCGUCAGCUGAUCCAGCGCGUCGGGCAGCAGGUCAUUGGAGGCGAUCAGCUCGCGGAAGCGCUUGAUCAGGAAGUCUUCGAUUUCCACGCCACGAGCGCGUGCGCCAUAACGCUUGGCGGCCUCAAUACAGAUGCGGCCGUCACCACAGCCCAAGUCGAACAGAACCUAACAGAGACGACAGCGAAGUACAAGUAUGACGUACGAAAGGGUGAGACAACGGGCUUGGGCUUUCCUCGUAUAAUUGGCCUAGGGACGCACAUCGUCGGGGGUCACACGCGCGAUCUCUACUAUCUUAGAAACGACGUCGUGCUCACUCUGGCAGGGCGGCGCCAGCGAGUCGCCCUCGAUCCACAUGAAAGCGCCAGGGUUCUGCUCCUCCUCGUCCGAUUCCUCGUCAAAGCGCACGGGCUUCGGCUCCUCCAUAUUCGUGUGGUGUUUCACUGUGGCCGACGAGCGCCAAUAGGUGAUAAACCUUCAACAAUUAAUGCCUGUCCAAUAUGUUUGUACGUCAAACACUUCUUAAAUACAAACCUGCAUGCCGUU